AUGGCCACCAAGAACGCCCCGAGAACGGUCAAGGACGUCCCCGCGCAGGAGUUCGUCAUCGCUCUGGCGCAAUACUUCCGAUCCACCGGCAAGAUGGAGGUUCCGCAGUGGGUCGACACCGUGAAGACUGCGACGUACAAGGAGCUCGCGCCGUACGACCCGGAUUGGUUUUACAUUCGCGCUGCCUCGGUCGCUCGCAAGCUCUACACGAAGGGUAACAUGGGUGUGGGUGCGUUGCGCAAGUCGUACUGCGGUGCGGGUAACAAGGGCGUUCGUCGUCACCACCACCAAAUCGGUUCCGGUAGCGUCGCGCGCGCUGUGCUCAAGCAGCUCGAAUCCAUCGGUGUCGUCGAGAAGGAUGCGAAGGGUGGUCGCCGCAUCACUCCGUCCGGUCAACGGGAUCUCGAUCGCAUCGCCGGUCGCGUGAGCGUUCCGUCUUUCUAG